AUGGCCGAGUUACCUUUCUCUGAGAGAGCGAAAGGUUUUGUUGCACUUGUUGCAGAAGGUGGUGGAUCAAUUGCUUACGACCAGUGGGCAAGCAGCUAUGAAGUUGAUGUCAAUUCUAUGAACUACUCUGGAUACACGAGUGUUGUUCAAAAAUGGCAGAGCUUUCAUUUAAAUGAUGUUGGAAAGAAGCACAAACUUCUUGAUACAGGAUGCGGAACUGGCCUAGCUGGUGAAUUGCUUUUAAAUUCUGUAUCAACUCCACAAGCAAUUCAGCUUUAUGGUGGUGACAUUAGCAAUGAGAUGUUGAAGGUAGCAAAAUCGAAAGGAAUUUACACCGAGCUUCAAGUCAUCAACCUGAAAGAGGAACUGCCAUACGAAGCCAAUAGUUUUGACAGUGUUAUCUGUGCUGGUGUGUUUGGGGUUGGACAUUGUGGCCCGGAAUGUUUACCAAACAUCCUCCGUGUUCUCAAGCCGGGCUGUUUCUUCAUUGCAACAGUCAACAAAGAAUUGUUCGACCUGACAGCUAAAGAAUGGAAAAAGCAGAUAUCAAUAUGCAACUGUGAACUGUUAGAGAACACUAAAAUGCCGUACCGAGAUUAUGCAACAGCUUUUGUGUUUGUUGUUCGUAAACUGAUUCAGAACUAA